GGGUGAAAGUUGUCUCUCCCCUCCCUUUCACCCCCUCCUCUGUGGUAUUUAAACAACCUGUGGUCAUGUCUCUCUCCACAGUGAAGCCUGCUGGAUGUGUAGUGGAUCUCAGGCUUUCAAAUGGCACAUGAUGCCUUCUGUGAAAACCUUUCCAUUUGUUUUAUCUUAGCCCUUUAUGCUGCCUUUGUCCUCUGCUCGAGCUGUACUUGAAGGUCGUCUAUUCUCUCCAGACCGCCGGGUUGCCAUGGUGACCCCUCUGCAGCAUAGCAACAACAUCAGCACCGGUCACGGCUCCCUGUCAGACCCGAGCCCCGGAGCUCUGAGCCGAGCGGGUCACACAGCCGUGGCCGUGGUCCUGGGCUCCAUCCUGGUCCUGGGGUUCCUGGGGAACUUCCUGGCUCUCCUGGUGUUCUCGCGGUUCCCGGGGCUGCGGACUCCGGUCAACCUGCUCCUCAUCAACAUCAGCGCCAGUGACAUGCUGGUGUGCAUCUUCGGGACUCCGUUCAGUUUUGCGGCCAGUGUUCGGGGCAGCUGGCUCACCGGGACCUCCGGGUGCCGCUGGUACGGCUUCUCCAACGCGCUCUUCGGUAUAGUGUCCCUGGUGUCUCUGUCCCUGCUGUCCUUUGAGCGGUACAGUGCCUUGCUCCGCAGUUCCCAGUCCGACCCCUGUCAGUACCGCAGAGCCUGGUUGGCUGUGGCCACAUCCUGGCUCUACUCUCUGGCCUGGACUGUGCCGCCCCUGCUGGGAUGGAGCAGCUAUGGGCUGGAGGGUCCUGGGACCACCUGCUCCGUCCAGUGGGCUCAGCGUUCGCCUGCAGCUCGUUCCUAUGUGAGCUGCUUGUUCUUCUUCUGCCUGCUUCUGCCGCUGCUGCUCAUGUUCUUCUGCUACGGGAGGAUCCUGCUGGCAGUGCGAGGAGUCACAAGACAGGUCACCAGGAUCAAAAUCAAGACCUCAGCAGAGCAGAGGGAGGGCAGGGUGCUUAUGAUGGUGGUCUCCAUGGUUUCUGGAUACCUGCUGUGCUGGAUGCCAUACGGCAUUGUGGCCAUGCUGUCCUCUUUAGGGCAGCCUGGUGUGGUGUCACCUAUUGCCAGUUUAAUCCCCUCCCUCCUGGCAAAGACCAGCACCGUUCUGAACCCUGUCAUCUAUGUGCUGCUCAACAACCAGUUCUCCAGAUGUUUCAGGUACAUGUUCAGCUGCAGCUCAGAAGCUCCGCCCACACCUGUCCACUACACACUCCCCAGCAGCAGAGGGAUGGGGCUUCAGACUCCUAACCCACCCACAGAGGAAAAACACGUGAUGCCCUCCAUGUGCACACCUCGACAUGAGAAGCAAGAGCAACGGCCCUCACUGAUGCUAGUCACGUACUACACCGGUGAGAAGUGAAAAGGAUGUGACUGUAGUUUUUCCUUUGAGAUAUUUCUUUAUCCAAGUACAAAAGAGUGUUUUUUCACGUACUGAAGCUGCCCACUGAACACAUCCACUGGAGCAGCAGUGUCAAGGACCUGUGUUAACAUGUUUUGAGACAAGAAAACUGACUUUUACAAAGUAAACAACAUUAUAAGGUGACAUUUAGAUUCUUUUAUUCAUAUUCAACAAUAGACAACAAUUCAAAAGAGUCCAUUUAAAGAUAAAUGACUUCAAAUUGCUCAAUGAAUGGUCAACACCAAAAUAAUUUAUUAAGAAAAUAAACACAUCUUCAAAAAUAUACAGUCAUUAUGCUUCAUGAACACUGACUGAACCCUCAGAAAGUGAGGAGUUUGUCUAAAGACACAUUCACAUUCGUGGUGAACUGAUACAAGAGAUGUUUUCAGGUACGAGGUGAGAGGACGUCAGAAUGCAGUGUAAUACUGUGGGUUCACUGUGGAGGAAAUGUGGGUGAUAGAGAAUGAGUGAGCUUCCCUGAGCAGGUCGUCCAUGUACGAAACAGAGCUCAGAUUAAAACUCCCAGUGAAAAA